AUGGUAUCACAAUUAUUUGAAUUACCGGAACUUCAAAUAUUCAUACCUAAUGAAAAUCAUUCCACGUUAAAGCAACUGUUUAAAAAUACUGUUACAAUAGAUACCAUGAAAAAUUAUAAAGAGUCAGAUUACCUACUACAGUGUAAUUCUAGUUCCAGGUCCAGUGACUUUUUUCCAAAUAAACUGAAUGCAUCGUUCUCUAAAUCAAAAUUGGUUAAAAGGCCAAGAACUGUUAAAUAUAGAUGUGUUAGAAAACAAAUCAGACAAAUUGAAAAUUUAUUAUUAUUAUCACAAAAUGAUUAUGAACAAUUUAAUGAUGUGUUUAGGUAUCCCAUUGUAAGUUCACAUAUCCUUAAUGAUUAUAGUUCUUAUUUCCAAAACGUACAAAUGAAAAAGUCUAUACCGAAUCUUAAGGAACAUACAAUAAUAAAAACUAAACUAUCAUUAGGUGAUUUUUUUAAUGAAAAAAAUUGUGAAAAAAUAACUAAUAGUCACUUAAAUGGUUUACUUUUAAAAUACUAUAGAAUACUAAUAUUAUUUAAAGAUUGGAAUUUUAGUAUAGAUAUUAAAUUGCAAUAUUUUUUAUUACUAUCAAAAGCAUUUAAUAUAAUUUAUUCUAAGAAGAGACAAAUUUUGAAAACGAUUAAAUGUAAAUUGAUGAUUAUUUUAAAAGAUUUUUUAAAUAAAUUAGAAAAUUGUGAUAUGGUAAUACAUAAAUUUUUAUUAAAUUAUAAAACACUUCAAACUUAUAAUAUUUUUGAUCAAGAGUCAUUUUUGAAACAAAACAGUCAUGAUAAAAACAACUGUGGUGCCAAUAUACAUGAUCACAAUACUAGCAAUAAUAAUAGUUUCUUAUCCAUUUUUAUCAAAAAUUUACUUAAAUCUCACCUAGAUCAGUUCUUUUAUAUAUUUCGAUAUGAGCUUGAAUUGAUAUUACCGCUGACAGAUGAAAAUAGUUUAUCUAAAUAUAUCGAAAUAUAUGGAAUAAAAUUGUCUGAUCUUAAGUAUUACCUUAACACAGACAUUCAACAUUUAAAUGAAAAAGCAUAUCGAGUAACCAUUACACAAAAAUUUUUUCUCUGUUGUCUGUUAUCAAUAUCAUUUCAUGAACGAACAAGCAAAGACAAAAAUAAUAGAAAUACUGAAUUAUAUUAUAUCUUCAAUAUAAAUUUUUUAGAUAAAAACUACUGUUACUCUACCAGUAAUGAUAAGAUUGGUAGUGUACUGAAACAGUAUGAAUCACUUACAGGUAUUUUACAUGGUCUAUCAAUGUCACUAGAAUCAAUAUCUAAUUCACUUAUAAAUUAUAAAAACUUUUUAAAUUUGGAGACUGAGGCUACACUCAACAAUACUUACAUAAAUAACGAAGUUACUGACGAAUUAUUUGAAGUGACAAAGUUGGUAAAUGAACUUGAUUCAAAGUUAACUUUUUUAAAAGAUGAUAUUUUCAAGUAUUGUAAUAACAAUGAUCAAAAUAAAGUAUUAAUGAAUAAAUUACAACAUUUACUCUUUACCAUACAUGAUACUUUAAACUUUGAAAAUUCUAUAUACAAUUAUUCCAGUAAACCAAAUCAACAAGUCAAAAGAAUAGUAUCAGCCCCCAUGAAUAAAAGCAACCGUGGGUUCUCAUUAGAUAUUGUUAAACAUAAUCUGGAUAUAUAUUCCAAUUUAUAUCAAUCUGAUUCUUCAAAAGCAUCCAAAAUAAAUUUAUCUAAUGAAUCAGAAUUUACUCAUAUUCAUACAAAAAGUAUGUCAAAUAACAUAGAAAACGUGAGCGAAAUGACACACACAACUAAAAGUAAUUCAGUUUUUUAUAAUGAUGAAAAUGAGGACACCUGUGUUCCUUCUGAUUUAAGUACACCAAUUCAAUCACCUACCAUAUAUGGUAAGGUAUUAUCAAAAAUAAACAUUACUCAUAAUCAGAACCAUGAUAAUGAUCGAAAGUUGUAUCAUUAUGAAAGUUUACAAAAAUUAAGUGAUGAAGAGCUACGUCAUAAACUUAAUGAAAAAAUUAUCAAUUUUGCUAAUGAGAAUAAGUUGGGCAAAAAUAAGCUAAGAGCACAAAAAUCUUUCGAGCUAUUAAAGAAGCAACAAAAUAAGAAGACACAAACAUUUCCAUCCACAAUUCUGUCAUUUUCAACUUACCCCAAAAACCUUUAUUCGAAAAAAAAUACAAAUGUUGUAAAUCAAGAUAAUACUAAUGUCAAUAAUGGUAGAACAAUAUCGAAUUCCUUCUCUACAGAAGAUACAAUCCCCAUUAUCUACGAAAUAAAAGAAUUAAUAGAAUAUUGA